AUGGACGUGGAUUCCAACGCUCCUAGUGACACUACAGAGCAGCCUCGCAGAUCAGGCAGAACAGUCCGCAAAACAGAUCUCUUCUCUCAAGAGCAUCAUCAAGGCAGCCUCACCACCAAUGGCGCCACGAAGCGGAAAAGACACGCCGGCACCAUGCAGGCGGACGAUGGCAAUGAAGAGGAUGAAGAAGAUGAAGACUCUGAAUCCGAAGAUGACGAAAACGACGGAGAACCCGAUGAAGAAGAAUCCAACGCUAGGCGCAGGGCACAGCGAGCAAGAGGAGCGGCCGCAAAACCCGCUGCCAAAAGAGCAAAGACAACCAAUGGUCCUAGUACUACAUUGGCAAUCCGCUCGGUCAAUGCAGACAAUGAAUCGCGCUCCAAAAGUGCAAAGGCACGUGCUCGACCAAGCCAGGCGCAUCAACAAGGACUAUAUGCCGAAGUAUUUGGAAAAGGCCACUACCCCGAAGACGCAGCAGCUGUGUGGUUCCAGUCUCUACAAAAGGACAGUGUCGCAGCUAUAGCGGAUAUGAUCAGUUUUGUCCUUCAAUGCAUUGGUUGCAAUUCCAAGGUUGAGCCCCAGGACAUCGAAGACCAGGAUUCGGUUCCCAGCAAACUCGGGGACAUUGUGCUAGAGUACGAGCAACAAGGACUACCCGAUUAUCCCCUUAUAUCCAAGCAAAAGCAGUAUGUGGGAUUUAAGGCCGUCCUGGAAAAGUUCUUCGAAGCCACCAUCAAAGUGUUGCAUAGUACAUCCAUCCUCUACGAUCAACCCGAAAUCUACGAUAAUGUUCAUGUUUGGAUUGCCACAAUAUCGGGCGCGAACUACAAGUCUUUCAGGCAUACUGCGACAGUAAUUUCCCUGUCGAUGACUACUGCUUUGUGCGAAAUCGCGAACGAGUUGCAGGAGACUACGGCGACGCUCAAAUCCCAGCUUGAUGCCGAAAAGAAGAAAAGAAAAGUCAAUAACGGACGGAUCAAAACUAUCGCAGAAACUCUGAAGACCACCGAGACGAGACUAGGAGUCAUUGACGCUCAGCUGAGGGAUGCGUUCAACACGGUGUAUGUUCACCGAUACCGUGAUGUUGAGGAGAAAAUUCGUGCGCAAUGUGUUGCUGCCUUGGGCAGCUGGAUUGUGCUCUACCGCAAGAUGUUUUUAGAAAGCAGUUACCUGCGCUAUCUGGGAUGGGUGUUAAAUGAUACAAGUGCUGCUACACGGCUUGAGGACAUCAAGCAGUUGAAGAACUUGUACAAGAACAAGAAGAACAUCGGCGCCUUGAGAGCGUUCACCGACCGAUUUCGACCGAGGCUGGUAGAGAUGGGUACGAGAGAUGCUGAUAUCAGCAUAAGAGCCGAGACAAUCGAACUCCUGGACAGACUGCGAGAUGCCGAGUUACUGGAGCCGGACGACAUCGAUACCAUUGGACGUUUGAUUUUCGACAGUGAGCCACGAGUCAGAAAAGCCGUGGCCAAAUUCUUCGUCGCCAAUAUUGAAGACCUUUACCGGGCAAGUAUCGAGGAUUUCGAAGAAGCCUCAUAUCAUGCACACUUACCGACUCCUGAAGAUGUGGACGAUUUCACGUUGCCUACUCAAUCCUGGGUUAAAUACAAGUGUCUGAGCUCCAUCUUUGCUGGCUACGACAACGAUGAAGAAUCUCUAGAUGGCAUGCCUGCACAGACUCUGCCGUUGACCUUCACCACAGACUCCCGUUAUACUCUUGCUACCCAGGCCAUCUAUCCCCACAUGCCCGAAUUGCACGGAUGGGAAUCCCUCUCAGGCUAUCUUCUCUAUGAUCAUUCUUCAAUCCCAUCGGGAGAGAACAACGAAGACAUCGCCAUCCAGGUUCAACAGGCCUACCAGUUAAGUGGGGGUGAGGACAUCAUUCUACUUGACGUCCUCUAUUCUGCGGUCAAGCAAUACUUGCAGUCGAUAAUGAAUGCGCCGUCAGGUCGCAGGACUAACGCCACAAAGGAUCAACUCCCUCAGAUGCAGGAUACUGCAGCACAACAUCUCACAAUCAUCAUCCCCCAACUUCUCAGUAAAUACAGCAGUACGCCACAAGCCGCCUCGUCUAUUCUUCGGAUAGAGCAACUCCUUGACAUCGGUCUGAUUACUGAUCUGCAGAGCGGCGAAGCCGCCUAUUCGGCUAUCCUGGAUGAUAUCAGCAAACAGUUCACGUCACACUCGGAUCAGAAAGUUCUGGCUGCCGCAAGCGUUGCGUUUCGAAAUGCCAGGAGCUACGAGCAGAGUAAAGAAGCAGCCGACUUGAAGGUUCAAGAAAUCUGGACCGAGUCUGUCACGACACUAGCAAACAUACUCCGAGGCAAAGAUGUGGAGAAAAGAGGUACACUUGACAAACCCAUCCUUAGCGAAGUCGUCAACACAAGCCUGCGUCUGGCAGAGCUGGCGGGCGUCUACGACUGUACUCUUAUCAUCGAGGGCACUUGGGACUCUGGGACGUCCAAAAAGCACAAAGGCAAGACAAGCCACCAAACAACCCUCCUGGACCUCUUGCUGCAGUUGUUGAAACGAGGCGAGCCGGACGAGGACAGUACAGACGCCUUCUCUGAACUGGAGGACCAGUUGUGCAUUGCCCUUAUCGAACUGUUCUCACGAUAUUUCCGAUGGAAGGUGUUCAGCUUGAAGAAAGCAACUGCGGCCAACGACUUCGCCCAGCUCUCAACGAGAUCUCUGACCAGCAUUGCACUGACACGGUCGACCUUCGUGGAGACCCUUGCACCAAUCAUUCUCCUACGAUCGCCAUUGGACCCAGUGCGCUACAGCGCGAUAGUAAACGUCUUGGAGCUGUUCGCACUCUUCUCGACCAUAAGAAACAUGCACCCUGACAGGGGAGAACUGGAUGAAGACAUCAAGCGAAAUCUCCACAGCUUGAUCACGACCGUGCCAGAAGACAUUGUUAGGGAAGUCCUGAUCACUUACACGAGACUGGAAAAGUCUUUUGCAAAGAAGACGCGCAGAAAGAUCGAAACGAGUGACAAACACAAAACCCAAACCUCAGUCCAGGAAGAGACAGAGGAAGACAUUGAAAAGCCACCUGAAGAUUCCGAAGACGAAGCGGAGAAUUCGGCUUCUGAGGGCGACGAUAAUGACGACGACGAAGAGGUUCUAGGCGGAGGCCGCAGCGCAAAGAAACAGGCUGCUCUUCUCGCCGAACAGAACCUAUGUGAGCUCACUAGCAAGAUCAUCUUUGCCAUCAUUGGAGGAGCGAUCAAAGAUGAACAGGUCAAGAGACGGUUGACGCUCAACCGUAAGAAGCUAGGCAAGAAUUAUGCAACGCUGCUGUCAUAUUUGGACGAGAAGAAGGAGAAAAAGUCUGGGUCGAAGACGAAGAAAACUGGGCCUGAGACAGGAAAGAGUUCCAGAACUGAUCUCGCGUCGAGAAAACCCGUCUCGGACGAGAUGGUACUCGAGGACGAUGAUAUCGAAGAUGAUGAACAUGACGAGGAAGAGGCACAGAGGCAGCGCGAGCUGCAGGAGGAUGAUGUCGAGGACGUCGAGGAGAUUGAGCACGGCAACGACGAAGGGCAGGAAGAUGGGCCGGAAGCUGAAGAUGAAAUCAUGGGCGAUUAG